UGCCCAACCAAAAUGUUUUAAAGAAAAAGUAUGGUUGUCAUAGUUUUUUUUAAGCAAGAAGACACAGUAUCAAAUAAAUCAUAUAAAAUAAAAAGAAACGAUCAUAACAAAAAAAACACUAGUAUUUAAAAGUGUCUAAAAUGGCUGAUGGUCAAGGCAACAUAAACAGAUCCAAAAACACAGGCACUGUGCCAAAAAUCAAAUAUUCCAACAAUACUAUGGCUGCAACCUCCUCAAAGGACCAAUCAAAGAGUGGCCGCUUGCCUAAUAAGCUUUCUCCCUCAUGGCAUAUGCAUAUUGACUCUGCUAAUUUUAUUCAGAACAAGAGAAGAAAUAAGUAUCCUGGUAUGGAAGUUGCCACAGAAGGAUCUGAUACAGUAAAUGGAGUUAGUUAUUCAGCUAAUGGCUCAGUCAAUGGAAUAACACCAGCAAGCAGCUCAUCAGCAUCAAGAAGAAACUCAAUUGGCUCAACACUAAAAUGUGAUAACAUGACAAAAUAUCCAGAUCGUAGAGUGAUUGAGGACAAACUUAGUCAGAUAAGAGAAUAUUUGGAAGUCACUAGCUCUUUAAUGACUAGUAUUAGAAACUCGGAUGAACAGAUAUUAGAUAUAGAUGAGAAAACAAAUUUGCUUCAAAUGAGAAGCGAUUUGUUGGACAGUGAGAAAAAAUUAGUAAAGCUGUUAGAGGAACUUGAUAGUUCUGAAAGGAUUGCUGAUGUUCAGCCUAGCCAGAGUCUAUCCAAUGUUGACAAUUAUUCGGAGCAGAGUGACUACAUUAAAAGAGCCGAGGCAGAUUUUAACAGUUUUGACAAUGAGUUAACAGCCUUGAGGGAUCAGCAACUGUCAAUAUUAAAGCUUCAACAGAAAUCUGAAAAUAAAUUGAUGGAUGCCAGGCAAAUUCAAGAAAGACUGGAGAGGGCUCCUAUUUGUAAUCCAGUUAAUGUAGAGAAAAAUAUAAAUAAUACUUCUUUAGCAGAAUAUGAUACAGCCAUAAAAGAGCUUGAAGAGAGAGCUAAGAGACUAAACAGAAAUAAAUCUGGCAAUGAAAAAUAUUCCACUGAUAAAUUAAUGUCUGAGAUGCAACAUUUGCAAAGUCAAAUUGUUAGCAUGCAUGAUGCCAACAAUGAAAGGGAGCAACUAAUUCAGGUACUUGACAAUCGCGAUAUAGAGCUAAGGAGCCAACAAGCCGACCUAAAGAAAAAACUAUUAGAAUUAAAAACGAAAAAGGAUCAAGUGGAUAAAUUGGUGAUUCAGCUGCAAAUAAUGGAUGAGGAGAAUCAUCCGGAUGUCGGUUCUCAAGUGCGCAACAUCGUGGCCAUGAAAGACCACUUGAGUAAGUUGAAAAAUAUGCUGGAAGUGGUUAAUAAUACGACCGAGGGAGCCACAGUGCAGGAAGUUCAAGCUGCCACCAAUGAAAUUUGUUUGACCGCCGAAAAUUUACAAAAUGAGAUAUCGAAACCGAGUCAUAGAAGAAACGAUAGUUAUGUGGAAAACAGAUUAGAUAAUCAUGUCUUGAAUGAAACGUAUCAGAAACAAGUAAACAAAUCGCAAAGGAAUCAAGGGGCCCGCCCUAAACAAAGGACCAGCAGCAAUAUUAACGAGAAGCUGGCUUUACAAGCUGAACUCGAAGUGAAAAAGCGGGAACUAGAGGAGAUUAUGGGGAAGCAUAAAGCGGCCACCUCAAAUUUAAAUCAUGACGUCCGAGGUAGUUCCGGCAAUGAGAUAUCCUGGAAACCGCCAAUAUUUUCCCAGGAUCAGGGUAGCGACGAAAGGCUUUCCAGUGAUGAAAAUGAAGAAAACGAAUACUCCGAAGUGAAUGAUACGGACGAUAUGGUAUUCACGCCACAAGUUAAUACUUACUAUGAACCCAACCGGCCUAAUCGUGAACGAGAAAAUAGGUCCGAAUGCGAAUUGCCCAGAGAAGCCGUUCAAAGCUGUUCGCAAAUAUUGUCCGAAAGGAAUUUGGCGGGUUUGGUUGGGAAUUUGGGAGAGAGACCGGCUAAUAAUCAAAAUCAAAGUAAACAAGACAAAGUGCAAAAACAACUCGAACUAAUAAAAACCGUCUGCGACUCCUUACUCGAGAACAUCCCGGCCAACAACUCGACACAACCGCCGACAAUUCAGCAGGUACGAAACAACAUCACUCCCUGCUCCGCUUACUCGGAGCAACCGCAGCGAGUCUCUUGUCCGCCCAGUCCAUUCCGCCCGAACCAAAACCAAAUAAACGUGUUCCAGCCGGUUUCGGAUGCACCGUGGUACCCGUUGGGACCCGGCAAUCAAAAUGACGUGCACAAUUAUCAAAACUGGUUGUCCACCAACGCAUUACAGACACAGUCUUUUAUGUUAAACACACUAAACCAAUGCUGCCAGAUGUUGUGGUUACAACAAAGGGAACUGGGGCAGUUGAGGAGUACUGUUAAUAUGAUGCAAGAUAGACUGGAACACCAGCCUUACCACCAUCACCAACAACAACCGCUACCCCAACCACACCAGGAAACUUUACCGUCAAACCUACACCCGCCGCCCACAUAUCCCCAACCCCCGCCGCCUCCAAACAACCAUUUACGUGUCCCACCGCCCCCAAUACCGCCCAGUUCCGCCCCAAAAACUAACCACCAAGUGUCCGCCGCUUGCUCUCUGCCAAACCUAAACCAGUACAAUCCGGUUUCGGCCGGCACUGAUUUGGCUUUCGCUAACACUAGCGCGGUGCCUAACAGCGCCCUCUUGCAGUCUUGUCUGAAUAACGUUAGUCACCUGAACACAACUCAGGCGGUCGAGCAGGCUAAUAAUUUGAUGCAUGCGGUCAAUUCUAACCUAAACCAUCAUCAGGCGAUACCUGCCCAAAUAUGGAACGGACAGGCCUUGAAUAAUCAAGUCGCGCCUGGUAAUAGGGCUAAUAAUUAUUGGGACAAUUUUAGAAGCUAUUCGCGUCAAAAUCAACUGUCUUCGAAAAAUAGCGAAAGCAGUAUUCAUAACGCGGCCUCAGGCAUCGACAGGCUUCAUCUCGAUAGGGUUAAUCCCAUUCCGUUGACGACCACCUCGAAAACUAAUUCCGAACAUUCGUCGACGAAUUCCAGAGAAAAUACGCCACGAAAAAGAAGUUUAAGAGUUCCAAGACAUAACGUAGAAAAUAUUAAUACAGUAACCGAUCAUCACGCUCCACCACCUCCCGAUGUGUUAAACGUGAAUCAGAUUGUACCGAAAAGCAGCUUUAAUCGAUCAGCAGAAUCGCCCGGCGUGACUCAGACCGAACCGAGAUUCGGUGCAGAACGUGUAGAAGAACUGGAAUUAAGUUUACAUCGAUUAUUAACGAUGGAAACUAAUUUACACGACGACAUCAAUAUUUCAAUUGAACCGCGUCCGGAAAGGAGAAGAAACGAGUGGCAUAGCGGUGAACAGCAGAGGGCACAAAAACCUAAAAAGAAUAAAUUGGGAGACGAACUACGUGAAAACGUUUAUAAAGAAGUUGCUUCACUGAUAUCGGCUAAUGAGGCCCGACCGCAUUUCUUAAUACAACUUUUCAAGGACCUACAGAAAAUUGAGUCUGACAACUUAAGGUUGAAGAUACUGCAGUCGGUUCAGAACAUUUUGACUCAGUCGCUGAAUGGACAAUCUAAUCCGGAAAGUUCACAACAGAUAACAGAAUCUGAUUCAACAUUAUCAGAAUCGUCCGAGCAAGCGUCAGUGUGGUCCAGACCGACCAAACAUUUUACAUCUGACAUACUAAAUAUGCGCUCGGAAGGAGAUGAACCGUUCCUGCAAAACUCUUAUAAAGAAAUUGUCUCCGUUUUAGAAGCAAACAGUGAGGAUAUAGUAGGAAACCACCUUUUGGCUAACAUAAAACAGGUUUUUCUGGAAAGUGAACUGUUUCAAGAAUCUGUAAAAGAUACAGUGUUUUUGAAACAUUUUUCAAACGUUUUGGAUGAUGUUUUAGAGCAAUAUCGUGGAAAAAAGGUGCUGGAGGUGAAAAUGAACCUAAUACAAGCUAUCGGAGACUUGUUACAAGGAGAACUAUCAUUUAUUCAUUUAAUACAAGAAACUGUACCGGAAAGUUAUUUGCCAGAUAGUAGGAAAAAUUCGAUUCAUUCCAAUGCGGGAUAUGGGAUACCCAGUGCCAUAUAUGAUAUUUCCACUCAAGGAUCGUUGCAAAAUAGUAAUAACAUAGAAAACGAUGCAGAUGAUUUAACUGAAGCUGACCAGAGCAGAUUAGGAGAUAAUGCGAUGGAAGAUGAAGGCGCGGUCGGAGGCAUACUAGAGUCUCCCGAGGAAGAAUCUCAAAUGUCCUCCGCUCAGGGACAAUCAGAUGAAAUUUUAUGUGUUACUUCGAUGGACUACACAGAAAAUGCCGAAGGACUUGACCAAGUACCUACCAGACUUGCCACUAUAAUUAAAUCUGAAGCAACCACACCUACAAAAGAUAUUCUAAACCCAUGUCAUGACCCUACGGAGCCCUACUGAAACCGGUUGAGUCUAACAAAGUUUUUAAAGGAAUUGUGCUUUUCCAGAAAGAACUUGUUCGAACAAUGAGAAAUCGUAUGCUUUUAUUGGUUAAGGUUGCUUUUUUUUAAAUACUUAAUGUCGGUUUUGAAAAUGUAAGAUUUUUUAUGUGCUGUAAAUAAUUUAUUUUAGGGUAGGAAAUGUAUCGCUGACAGAUAUUAAAAGUUAAUAUUUAUAUUAAGUAAAUUAUUGGUUAUAUAUGUAACUCGGAAUUUGUUUUAAUAGAUGUAAUCAAGCAAUAAACUGAUAAAAUUAU